GGUGGUUAGUUGUAUGGGUGGCUCAGUGGCAGAGAGAGAGAGAGAGAGAGAGAGAGAGACUGUCACAGAGAGGACUGAUAUAAGGAGCUCACUGUGUGGAGGUUGAAUCCAGAUUCAUCCAGAUGAGAAAUCCCACAUCUCAGCACUCCAUGCGGGACCACAAAAUGAAAGUAUUACUCAUCGUAGUCGUUCUCCUGCUGGUGUUAGAUCACGGAGAUGCGAUUCCAUCGAACCGCUGGUCCUGCUACAAAAAGCUUGUGAAGGAUAGAAACUGCCAUGACACUGGACUGGAAAGGAUGAGACCCAUCGACUCGCUACAAAACCAUUACUGGGAGGGUGAUGAGUGUGACGUGGUGUGUUACUGUAACCACCUCGAGCUGCUCUGCUGCCCGAGGGACGUCUUCUUUGGGUCGAAAAUCUCUUUUGUGAUCCCAUGCAGAAUGUCAGAAACUCGACUUUGAGUGGACUGUAUGGUUGCGAUGACGACUGGAUAAAAUCUCUUCAAAACAAAAUGGCCAGGCGGUGGAAUAACAUUCUGUGCUAAUUCAUCAAAAUCUAGUUAUAUGUACCAAGUUAAAUAUACAUUUGUGUACAAUCUGUCCUCUUAUAUGGCAGUUUGUCCCACACUUGAGGUAUAUUGUUCAUGUACUAACCCUAAUCUAACACACAUGAUCAGUCUGUAUCCUGUUUCCAAUCAACAUAUCAAUCUACUAAGAGGCAUAUUGUUUAUAUUAAGAUGCCAUUUUGUUUAUUAAACUCUGAUGUAAUGCAUCAGGAUGAGCUCAAAACUGAUGGGUUCAAUUAUGCCACCAUGCUUUUAUAGGGCUUAAUACUUAAAUGAACUCAAACAUGUAGACCUUGCAUCAAGUAAGUAAUUUCUAUAAUCUAUUUAAAUGGCACAACCUAGUAAACAGACAGUGGUAUAAUUAGGUAUGGGGUGCUGAGCUCAGGCUGUCCGAUUUCAGGCAACUCAGCUCUGAAAAAUGAAUCUUGAAAUGCAAAAUUGUUAUUAAAUUAUUCCAACAACAUUGAA